CCUUCGACUUGCAACGAUCUCGCUUGCUCUCAUUUAUGCUGAACAUGCAUCCUACACCCACCCUCUCCCACCUAAAGCCAGCCGACUAUCAACACGUUUACGAACCGGCAGAGGACACAUUUCUUUUUCUUGAUGCCUUGGAAGCCGAUGUCAACUUUAUCAUAUCGCGAUCUCCGGUGGUCUCCCUCGAGAUUGGAUGCGGAACGGGCAUUAUAACAACUUUCCUUCAAACCCUCCUCACCUCGCACGGCAUUCCCCUGCUUUCCCUCACAACCGACAUAAAUCCACAGGCUUGCAAGGCGACUGCCGCCACAGCUCUCAGCAAUCGCACCUCAGUAGAUGCCAUAAGAACAGAUUUGGCAUUUCCUCUAUUUCCAAGAAUGGAAAAUGGAAUUGAUAUUUUAUUGUUUAACCCGCCGUAUGUGGUGACGGAGAGUGAAGAGGUAGGGAGUACUGGUAUCGAGGCAGCGUGGGCGGGAGGGAAGGACGGAAGAGAGGUUGUCGACCGGGUUUUGCGCUUAAUUCCGAGGAUGCUGUCAAAGAAUGGAAUCUUUUACCUCGUUACAAUAAGAGAAAACAAACCACAAGAGAUAAUGGAAUACAUGUCUACUACAUAUAACCUUAGAUCGGAUGUCGUAUUAAGCAGAAAAGCUGGAACGGAAGGGUUGUCAAUAUUAAAGUUUUAUUAUCCAGCCUGA